AUGCAUAAUCCGUCAAACUAUCCAUGGGUUUACCCAUCCACAAUAUUUCUUUUGUUAAUGAAGAAGAUACCAAAAGAGAAAGAGAAUAAUAACACAAAGAAAGGAGGUAUUAAGCUACAUUUCGGUGGUAUUCUAAUAAAUUUUCAUAAAGUUGAUGAUGUAAAAGCUUUUUAUGGACGAACUUCUCAUAAAAUUUCUUUGAAAAUUUCUUUGAAAGAAACUAAAAAAUCCGAUCAAAGGUAUACAAUGUUGCGAGAUGAAAACUAUCGUAUUGAAGCGUUAAGUUUUGCGCUAGACCCAUCUUAA